GCCGCAGAACGUAGUCGAGCUUCGAAGUAUAUAGAUCUGUUCUCACGAACACUUAUUCCGUGAAUCGUUUACCUGUGAGUGUGUUUACUGUUUAAAUAGUAUUUUUCACAAAUGGUUGUGCUAGAAGGAGGCGGAAUGUUGUCGACUGCUGCCAACCAAUACUUACAACCGGAUUAUCUGUCACCUCUGCCUGCUACGCUUGACGCAAAAAAGAGCCCUUUAGCUCUGCUCGCGCAAACAUGCAGCCAAAUCGGUGCGGACAGUCCAUCAACCAAAUCCUUAAUUAGCCCUUUAGAAAAGAAGAAAUCAACUUCAGAGACGAGAAAUUCGCCCAACUCGCGUGACAAACCCGAAAAGUUGUCUCAAAGGUCCACGCCGACGGAAACGAAACUCGCCUUCAAACCAUACGAAACAAACGUAGUGUCCAAAAAAGAGGAGCGUCCAUCGUCCAAAUCCAGUGUGCACAACAACGAAGAGAAAAAGGAGUCUUCCACUCCAGAUAUCAAAUCAGUCUCGCCAGCUAACAGCAGUUCAGCAACUCCAAACCCAGAGGCAGGUAAAACGUCCCCGUCGUCGGAACAAAAAUCGUCGUCCCCGUCGGGCGGCCAUACAAGCCCCAUCAUUCGCUCCGGACUGGAAAUUCUCCAGGGCCACCCGAAGGAUAGCCCCUUGGGAACGUACAAACCCGGUGCACUAACAUCAGGACUUAGCAGUGGUUUAAGUGGACAUUUGAGUUCUUUGUGUUGUCCCCCAGGACUUGAACAUACGAAUCCCGCGUUCAGGCCGCCUUUUCCCGGUGCGCCUUUCUCGCACCACCAUGCCGCGAUGCUAGCUUCGGGUUAUCCCGGUGCUACUCCUGGACCUUACUUAAGUUACACCCGCGUUAAAACGCCGUCGGGAGGUGAAGCCUUAGUUCCAGUGUGUAAAGAUCCGUACUGUACUGGCUGUCAAUUCAGCAUGCAGAACCAACAACUGUUGAUGAGUGGAGCUUCUGGACCUUGCCCAUCGGGUUGUACCCAAUGCGACCACCAGAAAUACAAUUUGGCGAUGGCUAUGUCGUUAGUACCACCGGGUCCGGUACCGCCGUCCAGCCUGGCGUAUCCACACUUGGGACGUCCGUAUAUUUGUAACUGGAUCUCCGGCGACGCGUACUGUGGUAAAAGAUUUAUGUCUUCGGAAGAACUUCUUCAGCACUUGAGGACGCACACCAGCGGCUCCGAUGCUGCUGUGACGACUUCCACGGCAUCUUCUCUGCUGAGUCCACAUCCGUUGUUCUCUUCCGCGUCGGCUCUACAUAGGCCGGGUUAUCCCAAUCCUCCUUUGAGUCCGUUAUCGGCAGCGAGGUACCAUCCGUAUGGCAAGCCUCCAAUACCAACGUCUUUGGCGGCUUCCCCAUACAGCGCUUUCAAUCCCACAGCACUGGGGCCGUAUUAUUCUCCAUAUUCGGUUUAUGGGCAGAGGUUGGGCGCUGCCGCUGUACACCCAUAGUGAUAAAUGAUUAACUGUUUAUGAUGGAUAAUUGUUUCUGUCCAUUUACCCUUCUGUGAUAAAUUGUAUAUAGAUUUCUCAAAACUAAAUUAUCAAGUGCAAUCUGAAUGGAAAUUUAUUUAGGUUAUAUGUAUGUCCAAAUUUCUUAAGUUAUUUUAAUUGUAUCUCAUUUAUUACCUAAGUUUGUCCGAGAACAAUUGGUAUAGACUUACAAUGUUGAGUUUUAAUAAUGCUUUAAUAAAAACAUUUGUAGUUCA